AUGUUCCGAAAACAGAUUGAUUCAUAUUGCGAUUGCCUGAAGAGAAUCCAGGUGCAUUUCGACAACGCUUUUAACGCUAUAUUGAAGAGACAUAAAGUGCCUGAACCAAGUGCCAUGGACAAGGCUUCGGAACCGAUGGCUUCUAUGGCUUCUGUGAAUGUCGUGAAUUGGCCGGAAGAAACAGGUCGACGUACCCACCCGAGAAACAUAUCUAAUGCAGACCCCCCUCGUGGAGGGGCAGACCCCCCUCGGGGAGGGGCAGACCCCCCUCGUGGAGGGGCAGACCCCCCUCGUGCCGGCGUUUGGGGUUCCAGCAAAAAUUGGAAUUGGAGUGCUCGAAUGCCUGAUGACCGAAGCAUGAGGAUCGUGUCUGAAAAUUGUUCUAAUGUGCGCCAGAAUAGAUUGAUCGAGUUGGAAAGAUCAGUUCAUGGUAGCCGUAACCGAUUGAUGAAUCUGCGUAGCGAAAGCAUCGGCUCUGAAGAACAUAUUGGAGGUCGUGGCAGUAGACACUCAUUCGUGAAAACCCAGGUUGCUAAACUGGAAGCGAAAUGUGCCUCCCAAUCUCCAGAACUACAAAAGGUGCCAUUCGUCAUCAAACCCGAGCUACAACUAAAGAUGACUCCCUUCCACGGUAACUACCUCCCAAUCUUCAGCCACUUUUAUUGGCAGACGCGUUCGGAACGAUCUUCUAGUGCCGCUGUGGUAGCAGCUCUACAGGGGGCGACGGUUGAAAGCGGCACUCUGGCGGCGGGCACCAAUCGGGCGACGGGCACCAAUCGGGCGACGGGCACCAAUCGGGCGACGGGCACCAGUCGGGCGGCGGGUACCCAAAGUGGCACUCAGAAUAAUAUUGGGUCCGGUACUCAAAGCACGAGUAACCGUCCCGUCGAGACCACCCUCGUGGCCGAUAUACUCCAACACUAUUGCAUCGGCAGUGACCUCAUCUUCUACCAAGAUCACCUACCAGAAAGUCCUGUACUCGGUCGCACACCUUCCAGUGACUCUCCAGCCUUCCGACUUCUCUCUGAAAGACAUCCACUCUUCCAGACCAGCUCGGGACCCAGUGAUGUAAACUCCCCCGCAGGGGACGGACCGACCAAGCACCACUUUGCCAAGCACAAUCUGGCCAAGUACAACCUAUCAUCACUGUCCGUGAAGCCGUUACUGAUCGGCCCACUAACACUCAACUCCCGAUCUAGCCCCUUCGGUGAAAGCCCCUUGGGUGAAAGCCCCUUGGGAGAAAGUCGCGUGGGUGAAAGCCCCUUGGGAGAAAGUCGCGUGGGAGAAAGCCCCGUGGGUGAAAGCCCCUUGGGAGAAAGUCGCUUGGGAGAAAGUCGCGUGGCAGACAGCAGCCCCAUAGGAGAAAGUCGCGUGGGAGAAAGUGCGUUGGGGGAAAGCCCAUUGGGAGGAAGCUUCUCGGAAGGCACUCCCCCCUUGGGAGACACUCCCCCGUUCGGAGUCACUCCCCCGUUCGAAGGAAGUUGUUUGGGAGGGAGCCCGUUGCGCUCGUCUGAAUCAAGUAUGCGGUCCCAUUCCGAGGGUCUGGCGGAGCACGAAGCGAGAGAGCACGAAGCGAGAGAGCACGAGCACGAAGCGAGGGAGCAUGAAGCAAGGGAGCAUGAAGCAAGGGAGCAGGAUGUUUCGAGAUUCAAGGCCCGGUCUACCUUGCCGGACCUUCGGCUUCACCUACCGAACUUAGGUGACAUGAGGUCCUGGCACACACACGUGUCUAGAAACGGAGUCCGGCUGCCGCCGCUUUCACCAUCGGCGAAGGCGCGACUCGACCGCGCUCGGUGUCAACCGGCGAAGCUGCGAUCCUUAGCAGCUCGCAACUCGGACAUGACGGCGUCUGCCGUGGGUCGCGGAGGGCUGCUCCGGUCGCGACGGUUCUUGUCGAGCGGCGACUCGCUGUUGCUUUCCUCUCUGCCAAGUGUGCUGACUUCGUCUUCCACCGAGGAAAGCCACCCGUCGGGGCGUCACCGACCGAGGCGGCGCGGUUUACCUGACCGAAGACUCGACCGCACUAGUCGACGUGGUACACGUCGCAAACUCGGCUGGGAACUCCAAAGGGAACAGUCUAUCGAAAUCCGAGGUGACCCACACACCAGUUCCCAUAGCCGACCCGUCAGUCACACCAGUCACGGCGAGGGCGAACUUAUGAGCCACGUCGUCAGCGCCAUCGCCAAGAACCUGGCCGUCUGCGACUCCUCCUCUCCUUCCUCCUGGGACUUUGAGAACACCGACGGCGAACACCACGGCGACCCCGCCGUGAUCGACGACCCCGAAGUUGAAGACCGGAGCGUCGAGCCUGGGGACCAGGACGACCUCGAAGUUCAGCUAAGAAGGGCCGACCGCGGGGGCCACGAAGAUUUUCAAGUCGCGAGACACUUGGUGCAAGCGUCGGUCACGCCGCGUACAGGCUCCAGCCGCCCGUCGACGAGCAAUCUGGAGGCACACAAUUCCUGGACAUUCACCCUCGAAGGUGCUAGCGGCGGUGUCCAAGAUUCGAGCGGUGGGCUUCUGGAAUCGAACAGCGACCUUCUAGAAUCGAAGGUCGACUUGGCACUCAGUCACCCGGAUGCGGUGGAGUCUGUUGUAGAAGGGAGUGCCCAAACGUCUUCGGAGGACCGAACGUCUUCGGAGGCUCGAACGCCUUCGGCGGGCCGAAAACGCUCGGGGGACCAGAGAGAAGCGCAAGUCCGGGAGGGAGUGGAAGAGGCGACGGAUUCCGGCUCGAAUCGAUGGAGCGAUGGCAUUCCCUCUUCUAAACCACUUUCUUCUGCACUCCCUUCUCGCGUCUCUCCUUCGCCUUGUCCUGGUUCUCCUUGCCCUGUUUCUCCUUGCCCUGAUUCUCCUUGCACGCCUUCUCUUUAUCCUUCUCCGGCUGAUAACUUAGAUGGACAGCACAUAGGAGAGCACCUGCUCAAGUCACUCGUGUCUGAGUACUACACACCAGCCGACUACACAGAAGGGCGGUCAGAGCUCGAUGAUGAAGAUGAUGCCACGCGUCGAAAUCUGGCGGUUCACAAAUCCGUAAAGCAAGUUGACGGUGGUGAGGAACAGGUAAAGAACGAAGUACCCGGGUGGGGGGCGGCGGGCGAGCCAGAGGAGCUAGGAACGGUAGCCACGGAGCCAGUUGGGGCCCAAGUUGGAAUGGUGGUGGCGGUGGGCGCCCGUUGGCCGUCUCUGGGACCUUUGAGAGGCGUGGUCGAGGAAAUGUGGAGUCGGAACGAUUUUGUGGGAGUCUUGUGGCAGGACGCACCGCGGAUGUUCAAGUCUGUUUCUGACAAGCUACAGGAGAAGACAGUUGCCGCUCAGAUGCUUUUGAGCGAAACGUAUGACGACGACCUCCAGCCAUGCGGGAGGGAAGACGUUCUGAGGGAAGAUGUUCUAAAGGAAGAUGGUCUGAGGGAAGAUGGUCUAAGGGAAGAUGGUCUGAGGGAAGAUGGCUUCCUUCAGACUAGAUUUAGCGUUUCGGACUGUGAACGAGAGGUAACUAUAGAGCAUGCGGAACUCUCCAAACGGGCCCGGCCGCCGGGAGCACGGAAGCGACCCAGAGGUAACUCUUCAUCGGCCGGUGCUCUGCAAGAGCGAUCGCGUUUUGCAGUAGCGGGAGGUUGGAACACUAUGACUGGUGAAGGAGCUGAACGAGACGCAGCUGCUGAACGGGGCGUAUCUUCUUCCUCAUUGGAGCGUGAAAAAGCUUCCCAAAUCGCCGAUGGAGCAAAGAAUGGGCGAGCAGAAAAAACAAGAAAGGUAUGGUGGUGGCUGGACAUGCUUGAUCGACUCAUUCAACCUUUCAGAGAAAACUACGCCGUAACCGACGAUGAGGAGGACAAGGACCGAUAUCACGAGCUGUAUUAUUGA